UCAUUCUGAUUUUCAUUGUUGUUCGUGUGAUCACUUUAUUUUCCUGCGUAAAAAAGAAUUUCUGUCGAAAAACCAUCGAUUUCGUCCUUCGAAUUAAAUGUGAAACGCUCAAAUUGGUUGCUGAACAGGUGCUGGCGAUUUUUAAACUGUUUGCUAGUCGAUUAGUGAUCCGUGCGGUGGUGUUUAUGAUGAUCCAAAAAGUUGCCCACUGACGGCGACAGUUUUGUUAUUUGAGUCUGGGUGUUGGUUGAUAAUCCACUUUGCUGGUCAUAUCAUCCACUGGGAGUUGGCCAAUUCGACCACAAUGGAUAUCGUCGGGUUGGUUAAGAAGUCCUAUUCCGAUUAUGGAACCAUCUUGAAGGAUUCCUGGUACACAAUCAUAGCCGAAGAGCUGCAAAAUAAUUUCGCCUGGUCUCUAAGCGUCCUUCUGCUGAUAGUUGCUACAAUUUUCGGACUGUAUUGCUGGCGAAGAAUAUAUUUGAAAAAACUUCGAGACAAGGCGGCCCAGCUUUUGUUCCAAAUGCAUGAUCCGUCGCAGCUCCGUUUCCGCAAGCGAGACAAGAUGAUGUUCUACGGUCGCCGGAUGCUGCGGAAGGUAAAAUCCAUUUCUGGUCAGGCUUACGGAGGACAGGGUCGUAAACGAAAAGCAGUGAUGCGGUUUGCCAAACGUCUGCUCAUGCGUCGUGACAAUGAUACGGUCCAGCUGCAGGUUGUUGAGCCACCGGCCGAGUAUCUCGAGGAAGCGGCUGAGGGUAACGACAAAGUCCCACCGGAUGCGCUCUACAUGUUGCAGAGUAUUCGAAUUUUUGGCCAUUUCGAGAAACCGGUAUUUCUUAAAAUUUGUAAACACACUGAAAUCAUCAAUUUAAUAGCCGGAGAAUCAUUGAUAAAAGUUGGCGAUCAGGACGACAGCGUGUUUAUUGUACAAUCCGGACAAAUCAACGUGUUCCUAAACAAUCCGGACGGAAGCUCCAUUGCCUUAAAAGUGGUACGCAAGGGAGAAUCUGUCACAUCGUUACUGAGCUUCAUCGAUGUGUUGGUUGGUAAUACUAGUCAGUACAAGACUGUAACGGCACGAGCAAUGGAAAAUUCACAAGUGAUACGGCUGCCAAUGUUCGCUUUUAAAGAAGUGUUUGAUGAAAGUCCUGAUCUGUUGGUCAGAGUAAUUCAAGUCAUCAUGAUUCGUUUGCAAAGAGUUACUAUAACUGCAUUGCACAAUUAUCUAGGUUUGAGUACGGAAUAUAUUCAGUGUUCUUCGCAACGUAAAAAAGUUACUGUUCCCAUGAAAAACAGUCCCGGCCAUCGGAGGGUUCCAUCGGACGUACAGAUGCCAUCCCAUUCUCUGGUAGGUGGGCACACGAACGCAUCAACGGUUGCGGCGGGAGGUGCAGGGGAUCAAGUGAAACCGGACAUGUUAGCUGAUUUGUCGGAUCAUCUGGGCAGCCGUCGUACAUCGGCACUGCCAAGUGAACCGAUGGAAGACACCGUAAUGAGGGCCAUCGCAAUCGAAGGAUUCUUGAAAGAGUUGGGUCUGAAGGCGGAAGACCGCCCCUUUGUAGAAGAUAACAUUGUGCUGAAGGAAAUAGCUCCCGGUACUACUUUAACCCAUCAGGGGAGGAGUGAUGAUGUUUUGUUAAUUUUCGUUAUCAGUGGAGGUUUAACGAUAGCACAGUAUCCCCAGGAGAAGCUGGGCUGCAACGAGAAACUUGACAAAUCCGAGAAUCACACUGUGAAUAUCUACCCGGGGGAUGUGGUUGGAGGAUUGGCAGUAUUGACGGGCGAAAGCAGCCUUUACACUAUCAAGGCGAAGCAUUAUUCGCGCGUGGGAUUGCUUAGCAAGGAGGUUAUUUACAACAUCAUGCGUGAACGACCGGCUGUAGUGCUGGAUAUUGCUGAUUGCAUUGUGAAGCGACUUUCGCCCCUGGUUCGUCAGUGUGAUUUCGCACUUGAUUGGAACUUCCUGGAGGCAGGCCGGGCAGUUUAUCGGCAGGAUGAAAACAGCGACUGUACCUAUAUAGUGCUCAACGGUCGCCUGCGUUCAGUCAUUACUCAUUCGAACGGAAAGAAAGAAAUCGUGGGCGAGUACGGCAAGGGCGACUUAAUCGGCAUCGUUGAGAUGAUAACGGAAACGACGAGAACUACGACUGUGAUGGCCGUACGUGAUUCCGAGCUUGCCAAACUACCUGAAGGACUUUUCAAUGCAAUUAAAUUUAAAUAUCCCAUUGUGGUAACUCAACUUAUCAGUCUGUUGAGCCACCGUAUUUUGGGCUCAAUGCAAUCGCGGCCAAUUACUGGAAGCUCAAUGCCAACAGUGCCGUUUGACACUGCUCAACAAAUACAGCACCGCUAUUCUACUGUGGCCAUCAUGGGCGUAAGCGAAGACGUACCACUGACAGCAUUUACUUACGAGUUAUAUCAUUCGCUCAGUGCCAUUGGGACCACAUUGCGUCUUACUUCGGAAGUAGUUCGCAAAACUCUUGGCCCCCACAUUAUGGAACAAUCCAACGAGUAUCGAUUGACCAGUUGGCUAGGCCAGCAAGAAGAUCGACACAACAUUGCACUGUAUCAGUGUGAUUCUACCUUUGGACCAUGGACGCAACGUUGCUUGCGGCAGGCUGACGUUAUACUUAUCGUUGGCCUGGGAGAUCGCCCACCGAUCAUUGGAAAACUCGAAAAAGAGAUUGAUAGACUCGCGAUUCGUACGGCCAAAGAGUUGGUUCUCCUGCAUCAUGAGGGUGCGGCCAGACCCACUAACACCACAAACUGGUUGAAUAUGCGGGCCUGGGUUUCUCGACACCACCACAUCCAGUGCCCCAAGCGUAUGUUCACGAGAAGAAGUCAAUACAGAAUUAACGAUCUUUACAGUAAAGUGCUUAUGUCGGAGCCGAACAUUCAUUCGGACUUCUCACGGCUUGCUCGGUGGUUAACCGGAAAUUCUGUAGGGCUAGUGUUGGGUGGAGGAGGUGCUCGCGGGGCCGCUCACGUUGGUAUGCUUAAAGCCAUCCAGGAAGCUGGAAUUCCGAUCGAUAUGGUCGGCGGUGUCAGCAUAGGUGCCUUUAUGGGAGCCCUGUGGUGUGCGGAAAAAAACAUCACAACCGUCACGCAGAAGGCUCGCGAAUGGUGCAAGAAAAUGACCCAAUGGGGCCGUCAGUUGUUGGAUUUGACCUACCCUAUGACAUCGAUGUUUUCCGGCAGAGAUUUCAACCAAACUAUUCGCGGAACUUUUGGCGACGUGUGUAUUGAAGAUCUGUGGAUACCGUACUUCACGCUGACCACUGAUAUAUCGGCAAGCUGCGCUCGGACCCAUACUCACGGGACACUGUGGCGUUAUUGUCGUGCUAGUAUGUCCGUAGCGGGCAUAUUUCCUCCUAUCUGUGAUAAUAGAGAUGGUCAUCUACUGUUAGACGGUUGUUACACUAAUAACGUGCCAGCGGAUGUGAUGCGUGCGCAGGGUGCCGCCCACAUCAUUGCCAUCGACGUCGGCUCCCAGGACGAUACGGACCUCACCGACUACGGCGACGAUCUUUCCGGCUGGUGGUUGCUGUACAAGCGUUGGAAUCCGUUCACAUCGCCGGUCAAGGUGCCGAAUCUACCGGACAUCCAGUCACGGCUGGCGUAUGUGUCCUGCGUGAGGCAACUUCAGGAAGUUAAAAACAGCGAUUAUUGCGUGUACAUCCGACCUCCUAUAGAUACGUACAAAACUCUAGCGUUCGGAAGCUUUGAUGAGAUCAAGAAUGUUGGCUUUGAACACGGAAAAUCGUUCUUUGAAGAUAUGGCCAAGUGCGGCCGGCUGUCUCGGUUCAACCAGUGGAGUAUACACAAUGUUCCACAAAAAGUUACACAUUCGUUAAACGAGUAUACCUUCGUUGAUCUGGCACAAAUUGUAUGCAAGGUACCGGAAACAUAUCCAGAAAGAGGGUACUCUUCCAGCGAAGAUGAUUACUACGAUGGGUACGCAUCGGAACCGUCGACGAUACCGAUGAGCAAGGGAGCGUCGAUGCGUAUCAUGCGCACUGCCGGUUCGCUGUCUCUGUCGGAGAACGAGAUGGACUCUGACGAGCUCGAAAUUCCGGUAGCGUUCAAAAAACUCCAAGGCACGGCUACUCCCGAUCGGAAUGCCGCCAGUGUUCCGCUGACUCCCGAAAAAACUCCUCUGGCAGGCGGCAGCACCAGCAACUGAAAGAAUCCUCACAGCUUCAAGUAGAUUUCAAUAUUAUGUAGCUAAACUAUAUGUGUUAGCAUCAUUUUUCUAUGGUACCAAAUAAGCUGCGACUGGAUCUGCAUCAAAAGAUUCAUCUGUUAAAGCAGGAAUACUUUUCUAGUUUUCUACAAAAGUAGAACAGAACUGUGUAAAUAAAGUUAUUUUCACUAAAAA